CUAUGCUUGCUUGAGAGAAAAAAAAAGAAAAAAAAGAAAGAGAUCUAGAAAAGGAACGGCAAUAAAAAGGUUCGAUUCUAGACGAAGGGAAGAAUUGUUCGGUCUGGCUGCGUCGCCUUUUCUUCUCGGUGUGAACCACCGCCAAGUGGUCGGGAAAUUAUCUGAGGAACGCCGGUGGUGAAGUUCCGUUCGAUUGUCGCCUCGCAUCUCGCGACUUGGAGUGUCGGAGUUAGGGUUUGUCGUCAGACGGGUGAAGCGAUGAUAACCCCCGCUUUCGGGAAAUGAGCCUUGGGAUCGUUGUUGGAUUCGGGGUGCGGUAAGUCAACGGCCACGAUUUGGUCUCCUGAUGGAGGGAAGUAGCACCUCAGGCGGUCUUUCUCAGGAAUACAUCAAUGGAUUAUGAUGAAAAUGAUUUUCAAAGCCAGAACUUUGAGUUAGUUGGAGAAGACAAAUUUUCUGUGAACUUGCGGUCAUUUCUUCUUCCAAGGUUUGAUCUUGAUGAACAUCUUAGUUUUCAUGGCUUAAUUGAAGAGCAGGAUUUUGGCAUUCAAGGUCAAGAAAAUAAUUGGAUUGAUUUUCCACCUGGGAGUAGUGCCUUAGAGUUCAGUUCAAGUGCCGCUGAAUCUUGCUCGAUUGCUAGACAUAACAAUGUCUGGUCGGAGGCAACAUCAUCUGAAUCUGUUGAUUUGUUAUUGAAAUCGGUGGGAGAGGAUGAAAUGAUUAAUGAUAAAGCUGUCAUCAUGGACACGAGUGCUAAUGAUGAAUCUCAUGGUGUUGAUGAUCAGGAGGUUCUCUACGGCGGGAGGGGUGAUUCCCAUGAAUCAUCCAUGAUGGAUAUCCUACAUGCUGCUCCAGAAUUUGCACACGAUAAAUAUCAGAAAAAAUUACCAGGUACAGAUGAAGGCCAGUUGGAGUUGUUAUCUAAUAAUGCUCAUGGCUCAUUUCAACCAGCUGAAGGGGAAGAAUCAAGAAUUGCCAUUUACGUUGAACCUUCAAACAGAAACCAUAAUCCUGAUGAAAAGAUUGAUGUUGGUCAGUAUAAAUUAGUUGACAUUGUAACUUCUUUGUAUAAUGGUAUUGCAAAAUCAAAAGCGGAUGACAGUGAUUUGUGUGCAGUUCUAUAUGAAAAAGAUGUUUGUGAGGUGCUUUUGAAAACAGAAGUUCCAUCUAGUGAUGAGUCUGAUUCAUCUGUGGUGGAUGCCCGGAGUCUAGCAUCUAAUCAAGAUAAACUUGAUAUAGAAGCUGAAAAGUUGAACACUGGGUUGUUUGGCGUUGGGCAAGAUCAGAGUAAUAUCCGCGAUAGUUCCGCUUUCUUAUGUGAUCAUGUACAUAAAGAAAAAUCUUUGGUAAAACAUUGUGAUGACAAAACAAACCGUCAGUUGGCAUCCAAAUCAGAUGCUUUGGAGCUGCUGGAUACAAAUUGCAUUGAUUCUGUAUUUUCUGGGAAUUCUGGAUUGGUGAUGACUGUUCCAUGCGAAACAAAGUCUUUGAGUGGUAAUAGAGGGGCUAGUGAAAAAUCUUAUGCCAAAGAAGAGUGUAUGAGCCCAUUAGCAGUGGAACAAGUAGAAAGAAUUGGGAAUAAUUCUGUUAUCUUGCAGACAGUGCCUCAAUUAAAAGAAGGAUCUAGAAGUAUUGGUGACAGCUUGACAUCUGAUUCUGUGAAAGAUGAUGUCCAUGGUAUAAGAAUUCAGUUAAUGAAGAACUCUGCCAUGUCUUGUGAUGAUAGAGGAGGAAAACUUAAGACACACAUAGAUGCCAUUGAUAAUAAUCAAGAUCUACAAGGUGAGCUGGUAGAAAACAAAAAUGUUGAUAUUGCAAUUGCUACUCAGCUGCUAAUAGAAUCACCUGCUUCUAUUCAUGCUAAUUAUCAAACUCGAACUGAAAUUAAAGAAUGUGAAAGGAUGAGCACUAAUUCAUUGAGUUUCACCUGUGAGAAGCCUGGAUUGGUUGUUGAGGUUAACCAUGAUAAUGAUAUGGAUGUUGACAGACAGGAGGUGAAAUUACAUGAAAUUAAAGAUGCAACCCCUGAUGAAUCUUCUUUACCUGUUGCUGUGAUUGGCGAGUCUUGUCAACCAAUCACUGUGACUGACACGGACUCUAGGAUGUCACCUUCUACUUGCUGCAAAUCAAGUCUCUAUAAGGCAACCGUAUCGGUUACUGAUUUGAAGGAGGUUCAUAUUGAACAAGUUCAUGUUUCAGUUGGCAAGGAGACCACAAUCACAUACAUCAUUCCUAGUAAAAUUAGUUCAGACCCUGUCUCAAUAGUUAUGGAGAAGGCUCGAGACUUGCCUCCUGCAAUUCAGGAUACUGCUGAAGGUUUGCUCCUGAAAGGCUCUGAAAACAAAUUGUUAGAAGAAAAAAUAGAUUUUGAUCCGUUAUCUCCGCCGCUUGAGAAAUCUAGUUCUCUUCACUUGUUAACUCCCGAGCUUGCUACUAACAUUGAUUUGGCCGUUGGAAAGAGUGAAUUGCUGAUUCAAGUACUAUCUGCAUCAAAUGUAAUCGACUUUGAUAAUAAGGAUGUGAAGAUUACUGGAGCUACGGCCUCAUCAAGUUCAACUACUGAUUCAAUUAAAGAUAACGAGAGUGACUUGGGUUCAUUUUCUUAUCCAUUAAACAUGAGAGACACACCCUCAGAAAAAGUUUCCAAUGAUGCUCAGUUGGCUUCUCCGGUCAAACCAACCGAUUCUCAGCAGUCAAAAGGUUUUAACUGCGUUAAGGAUACUUCAACAGAUCACCUUGGAAAUGCUGUAGUGCAAGCUCCAUCUUUAGUGCGAAGUGUUGAUUUUACUCAACCUCAAAAUGAUAUUCUAUUUUUGGCAGGGAAUGGUGUUAGAAGUGGGAAAAUUCUGCCACUGGAGGGGAAUGCCGUUGCACACGGUUCUUUUCAAGAAGGAAAUGAUGACAUUCCUAAUUUAUUAGUAGUUUCCCAUGUUGGGAAUGAAGUGCCAGUUGCUUCAGAUAUUUUGUUGACCAGUCACAUGAAUAAUUCUCAAAUCUGCACUGGAAUUAUUUUUGAAUCCAAUUCAUCAGAAGCUCAAAUUGGCAAUUCAAGUUCAUCUGAACGUAACUGUGUUUUGCCAUUAGUUAUUAAUUGCAGAGGCUGUCAUCAAGACUAUUCAGAGCAUCAAGAACGGACCUCAAGCAACGUGGCAUUAGUAUCUUCUGAAAAAAAUGAGAUCAUCCGUAAGCUUCAUUGCAGCAGUAAAGGUUUGCAUGUUGAGGCUAGAAGCUCAACUCCCGAGGCUUCAACAUCAGAGGAUUUGGCUGGAGCACAUGCUGGCAGUGAACUAUCUUUUCUCAAUUUUAAGGCUAUUGAUAUACCUCAGAUACCGAAUGAGAAAUCUCAAGGACUUCUGGAAGAAAUGAAAGUUCUUGACAGUUCAAAGAAAAAUUCAAAUCUGGGAAAAUCUAAGAAUGCAUCCAGGCCUUCAAAUGGGAAGAAAACAGUCUCUAAAGGGAAAACCAAAAGAGAACCACAUGCUCUGAAGCAGUCUUCUGCGAUGAAUGUAAAAAGUUUUAGUUCUACAUGUAAAUCUAUUGGAACUUUAAACAAGGACAUUCCUUCAGUUGAGAUGCGUGAGCAGUCCCUAAAUGACCAUAGUUUAAAGACAUCCUCUGUGGGUUUUCAGACAUCUGUUAUUCCCGAUUUGAAUUCAUCUUCAUCCUCGACAUUAUUUCACCAGCCUUUCACCGAUCCACAGCAAGUGCAAUUACGUGCACAAAUCUUUGUUUAUGGAGCUCUCAUCUCAGGUAUGCCUCCAGAUGAAGCUUACAUGUUAUCUGCCUUUGGAGAUUCAGAUGGUGGGAGGAACUUGUGGGAGGGUUUAUGGCAUGCUUGGAUUUUAAGGUUUCAGAAUAGAAAAUCUCCUGUUGGCUGUUAUGAUACUCCAACACAAUCUAGGCCAGCAAUCUGGAUUCCUGAAAGACUUUUAAUAGGUAAUGAUGUUCAAAUCGAAGUCCCAAGCACUUCUGCCACAAGUGACAGCAUUAGCAUUUCCUCGGCUGCAUUUAAUUCCACGAUGCCAUUGCCAUCAUCUUUAAGGAGUUACUCGUACGGAAAUGAUGGACACCAUGCCAGUAUAUCACGAGGCACUUACCUGAACUUUAGUCAAUCUCCAUCUCCACUGCCCCAUCAAACUUCCGUAUCAAGGCAGCAUGUGGGUGCUAAUUCAUCUUUGCCAUCUCAGUCACCUCGCCCUGGACCAUGGUUUGUUUCAUCCCAGAUUGCACCACUUGAUGGCAUCAAACGAUAUUCCACAGUAUCUGUUCCUGAAACUGUUCAUGUAACACCUGUAAGGGAUUCAUGCAGGCCUCAUAGGUCUACAGUAGAGGUUAUCCCGCUGAGUAUUUUGAUGUCUAUUCCAGAUACAUCCAUCACAAAUACUGCAGAUUUACGGAAGGAAACAUCAAAAAGGGCAGCAGCUAGUGGAAACAGUAAGUAUAACCAGACCACUCAAAAGGCUAGAAAGAGACAAAAGAGCGAGUCAGCAGAGGGGACGAGUUUGCCAGCUUCUCGAACUUUACCUGAGUCUGUUUCUGCUGUCAGCGAUGUUAGAAGUCUUCCAUUGUCUUCUACAAACACGCAUGGUUCUUCUAAUUCACAACUAAAUGUUGCUAGUCCUACCCCUGCUUUGAUAAGUGCACCUCACAUUGUUUCUGCUACUCAUUAUCAGAUAAUCGAUGCUAAUAAUCAACAGAAAGCAAUCUUAUCCGAAGAAACUUGCAGCAAAAUUGAGCUGGCUAGGCAUCAAGCUGAAGAUGCUGCUGCUCUUGCUGCUACUACCGUCAAGCAUAGUCAAGACAUAUGGAGUCAGCUACUUUCUCAGAAUAAUUUUGGAUUUGUUUCACUGAAUGAAGAAAAACUUGCUUCUGCAGCUAUUGUUGCUGCUGUGGCUUCAUCUGUUGCAAAGGCGGCGGCUGCUGCUGCUAAUGUUGCAGUUGGGGCCGCUUUGCAGGCCAAAUUAAUGGCAGAUGAAGCUGUAAGUGUAGCAAAAGAUGGUAACACUGUUUUAAAUUCAGACUCUGGCGUUCUUGAUGUUGGUAAGAAAUUAGUGGGAAUAUCUCCUGUUUCAAUUCUGAAAGGAAUGGACCAGAUCCAUGGAUUUGGCAUUAUUUCUGCUGCAAGUGAGGUUACCAGAAGGCAGGUUGAUUCAGCAUCUGGUGCCACAAAGAGGGCAGAGAACAUGGAUGCUAUUGUGAAAGCUGCAGAGUUGGCUGCAGAAGCUGUUGCCCAAGCGGGAACAAUCAUUACAAUGGGGGAUCCAUUACCAUUUACAUUGAGCCAAUUGGCAGAUGCCGGGCCUGAAGGUUUCUGGAGAGGACAUGAUGGUUCAUUCAUGAAGUUUUUUAAAUCUAGAAUCACACAUGGAGCAGAGAAUUUAGGAUUGGUUAGUGCUAAAGAGUAUGAUGGAUCACCUAAGCAAUUGGACGGUCAGUUUUCAAAAGAUGAAGACACUCAGAAGGCUAUUGAUGAAGGCGGGUUAUCUUCUUUGAAUGAAUAUCACGAGCAGUUUGAGCCUAGAACCCAAGGAACUUUUCCCAUUUCUGGACUUCAAAGGGUUCAUUCUGCUUCGAGUAUAAAAAAGGGUUCGGUGGUUGAGGUUAUGUCUGAUGAAGAUGGUCGGAAAGGAGCCUGGUUUUCAGCCCAAGUACUUGACAUUAAUGAUAACAAGGCAUAUGUCUGUUACGAUGAUGUGUCAACUACUGAAGGCUGGCUAAAAGAAUGGAUUUUGCUUGAAGAGGGAGAUAAGGCUCCCAGAAUUCGGACAUCUCAUUCCACAGCAUUUGUGAAGUAUGAAGGCACAAGGAAACGACGUAGAGAGCACCUAGGAAGCUAUAUAUGGGAAAUUGGAGACCAUGUUGAUGCUUGGAUACGUGACAGUUGGUGGGAAGGGACAGUCAUUGAAAAGAUUCCAGGAGAUGAGACGAAGCUGACCGUGCAUUUUGCAGCUAGGGGUGAUAAUCGGGUUGUUCAUACUUGGAAUCUUCGUCCAUCUCGUGUCUGGAAGGAUGGACAAUGGAUGGAAUGGUCUCAUGCAAAGGGAAAGCCAAUUAAACCACCCGAGGGUGAUACUCCCACUGAGAAACGGCAAAGAUUAGGAAGAUCUGAAGAAAACAUUCAUUCGGAAGUUGAUGUUGCCAAGAUGGAUAAGCUUUCCAGGAGCACAAUCAUUGAAGAGUCCAGGAAACCUGAUGAUUCAGAAUUGCAUGUUUUAUCUGCUAAGGAUAGAAACUUUUCCAUUGGAAAGAAUUCAAGAGCUGAGGUUAUUUCUGAUGCACUUAAACCAAAACGGACUGGCUUGCAGAAAGAAGGGUCGAAGGUGGUUUUUGGAGUUCCAAGACCUGGAAAGAAGAGAAAGUUUAUGGAAGUUAGCAAACAUUAUGUUGUUAACAAGUCUGAGAAAGUUAGUGAAGGUAAUGAUUCCAUUAAAUUUGCAAAAUAUUUGAUGCCGCAGGUAUCUCGCCAAUCGAGGAGUACUUCAAAAGUUGAUAAUAAAGGAAAGAAUGCUGUUGUAAUCAAGACUAGAGGUGAUUUCAAAGCUGAAAAUUCUCGGACCUUUCAAACUGGAAGUCUAUCUGAGAAGGACAAGGCAUCACUUUCCUUAUCAAAUGAGGAUGUCGUUCCUGUGCAUGAUAAAGAUGUCAUAUCCUGUUUCACAGGCAGUAAUAAUUGCGUAGACAAUAUAAAUGCAUUCAAAUUCAGUUCUUUUCCAAGCCAAGCUGUAAAAACUGAUGUUUCAGCUGUAGUACCCGAGGAUUCUGAGCAGUCUGCGCCCGUUCCUUCUUUCAAAAAAAGGAAAAAUUCAAGAUCUAAGAUGGAUUUAACUGAGAAACUAAAAUUUUCUAUGGAUGGAGCAUCCAACGUUGGGGAUAAAGGUUCUGGAAAUCAUGGAAAGGCAACAUAUGAAGUUAUGGAACCCCGCAGAUCCAACCGUAGGAUUCAGCCAACGUCAAGGCUUCUCGAGGGCCUUCAAAGCUCUCUAGUAAUUUCAAAGAUUAUAAAUGUUUCUCAUGAGAGAAAGCCUAGUAGAGGUGGAUCAACCUCAAAAGGACACAAGCUUGUUUGAAAAGGAGGCUUGCUCUAGGAGAUAUUGUCAGAACUACUGUAUAUACAAAUAACAAGGUUUAUCCAUGUAAGGCUCUGUACAUUAUUAUAGUUUGUUUUAGAAGUGAGUCAUGAAGCUGUCUUCCGAAAUGAUCCAUUGUAAAAUGCACCAGUUAAAGGUUAUUUAUGCUCGUCUUUUUUCAAA